CCUGGAGCGCGGGGCUUUUGACCGGGCCGUGGAAGCCGGCGGAGUGACAAGAAUUUCCCGCUGUCUUUGCCCGGGAUCCCCAUGGCGGCGGCAGUUCUGGAAGAUCCUAUCCUGGUACGUCAUUUUAAAGGUCAUAAAGAUGUGGUCACUUGUGUUGACUUCAGUCCAACUACUAAAGCGCUUGCCACCUCUUCUUUGGAUAAAUUUCUUAUGAUUUGGAAUUUGAAGCCAAAUGCCAAAGCCUUCAGAUUUGUGGGUCAUUUAGAAGGUGUAACUAGCAUACAGUUCUCACCAGAUGGGCACCUGCUGGCAUCUGCUUCUCAAGACUGGACAGCCAGGCUAUGGAUUCCCUGUAUUCAUGGUGAAUCCACACCAUUAAAAGGUCAUACUGCACCAGUCCGCAGUGUGAACUUUUCACAUGAUGGUCAGUUCCUAGCUACUGCAUCCAAUGAUAAGUCAGUAAAAGUGUGGAGUGUAUACAGCCAACGCCUUUUGUUUACUUUAUCCCAGCACACACAGUGGGUACGCUGUGCCAAAUACUCACCAGAUGGAAGAUUAAUAGUAUCAUGCAGUGAAGAUAAAACUGUUAAAAUCUGGGAUUUGAGGAACAAGAUAUGCAUUGAUAGUAUAAUAGACCAUGAUGGAUUUGCAAACUAUGUGGACUUCAGUCAUGAUGGUACAUGCAUAGCUUGUGCAGGUUCUGAUCACACAGUGAAGAUCUGGGAUAUUCGAAUAAACAAAUUAUUGCAGCAUCACCAAGUUCACAGAGCUGGCGUUAACUGCACAUCUUUCCAUCCUUCUGGUAACUAUCUCAUCACGGCAUCUAGUGAUGGCACCCUUAAGAUUAUGGAUCUUUUAGGAGGAAGGCUCUUGUAUACACUUCAUGGACAUGAGGGACCAGUUCUCUCCAUAGCCUUUUCAAAAGGUGGGGAAGCAUUUGCCUCUGGAGGUGCAGAUGGACAGGUGCUGCUGUGGAAGACUAAUUUUGAUGAAUUUGAAUACAAAAAAGUUAUUAAGAAUCAUAUGCAAAAACUGCAGAGCGAUGAACCUCCUCACCUUCUUGAUAUUUACCCUCGAUCGCCACAUCGUCAUGAUGGAAAAUCGCAGUCUGUUGAGAUAAAUCCUAGCUAUGAUGUAACAGAUAUGCAAACAUUUGACCCACCAAUUGUAGAUAUUAGUGCUUCGUCUUCUGUUUCUCCACUAUCUUUGACAAGGACAAGAACCUCUUUAGCCCAGCCUUCCUUGCACCGAGAUGGAGUGAACAGUGAAGACUUGCAUCCUCCUCUGGGUUUAUUCUCUCCAGCUGUAUCUAACAGGAAUUUGGAUGGUGAAAACAAAUAUGCUGUGCACACGGUGGAUGAAGCAGGCACCAUGGAUGAGCCUGUAGGCAUUUCACCAAUUCUGACCAAUGCUUUAGAACACAUUGUGGAGCAGCUAGAUGUUCUGACUCUUACUGUCUCAAUUCUGGAACAGCGCCUUACUUUGACUGAAGAUAAGCUGAAAGAGUGCUUAGAGAACCAAGAGAAAAUGUUACUUUCUAUCAGACAAUGAGAAUAAACAAUACAAAUGUUGGUGAAUAUUCUUAAUAUAUUCUCACAUUUAAUAUAUUCUCACUAGUGAAAAGUGGCAGUCCUGGAGCAAAAAAGUGCCUCUUGUAUAUGAGAGUUUUUAUGAAGAUCACUGAACAUGUAUUACUUUUUUCAUGUUAUUAAAUAUGUAGAGAUUUUUUUCUGAA